AUGCAUCCACGCUACAAUCCGGAACCCAAUGGAGCAGUUCCGCUCUCGUCGCCGCCCUACUGCGCCAUCCCCGUCACAUAUUAUCGUCAUUUCCUGGAUCGUUGCCAGCGUUCACUACAUCAUACCAAUCGAAGUCAGUACCAGCGAGAUGAGGAGCACCACAAGAAAUGGUUCGUUAUCAAUCGUGUGCACAUUCGUGAGUGCAUUUGCGAGUUUUUGGGAACGUUUGUUAUGAUCUGCUUCGGUUUGGGUGUCAACAACCAAGUGAGUCUGUCCGAGGAGACCAACGGCACGUGGCUCAGCAUUAACAUGGCGUGGGGUAUUGGUAUCCUUAUGGCUGUUUACUGCUCUGAAGGCGUCAGCGGCGCGCAUUUGAAUCCGUCCGUCACGCUCGCACACUGCGUGUAUGGCCGUCUACCAUGGUGGAAGAUGCCGGGUUACUGUCUUUCGCAGUUGGUUGGCGCUUUCGUUGGAGCUGCGGCUAUUUACCUGCUCGACUACCAGAAAAUUCAGAAGAUCGAUCCAGAUCUGGAGACCACGCAGAGCAAUUUUGCCACCUACCCAAGCGACGACAUUAGCAAUUACACGGCGUUCUACACGGAGGCACUGGCCACAGGAAUGUUGCUGCUUUGCAUUUAUGCGAUCACGGACCAAAACAAUCGUUCUCCGGGUACGGUAGGUACGCCGUUUGCCUUUGCGUUGAUGAUCAUGGCGCUUGGAAUGAGCUUCGGCAUGAACACCGGCUACGCGAUGAACCCAGCGCGUGACUUUGGUCCUCGUUUGUUGACGUACAUGGUGGGAUACGGCUCGAAGGUUUGGACGGCAGAUCACUAUUACUUUUGGAUUCCAAUUGUUGCUCCACUUGCUGGUGGUGUGAUCGGCGCUGGUUUGUACAAACUCCUGGUUCAAAUACAGCAUCCCCACGAACACGAAUUGUAG